AUGGACUAUUCACAGCAGCUGAAUACCUUUCUACUUUUUACGAUUGAUGAUGUGCAACAAAUUUAUUUGCCUGCAAGUUUAGCGUUAGUAGCUCUUUAUUUUCCAAUUUUUCUUCUUUCAAUAUUCAACUUUUGGAUUACAAAAAUAUCCAAAUGGAUUCUUACGAUUCCCAUUGUUGUCUAUCUUCUAUUUAUUCCAUGUUGUCAACCAUUUUGUUCGAUACCAGUGUAUAGCACAUGUAUUGCAAGUGUUGCAGUUUAUUAUGCACAAAAAGUCUGUGAAUGGCUGUUGGUUCGACGAAAAGAAUUUAAUUACUGGUCAUUUUUUGAUAUUCAACAUGAAUUAUUCUAUUAUCGUGUUUAUACAUUACCGAUAAGUGUAAAGAAAAUUAAGAAAAAAAAAAUUAAAAAAGAAAUUAUCUUCACGGGGUCGAUACAAUUCGAUAAACAAUUUAAAUCAUUAGUAUAUCUAUCAUGUAAAAUAAUUCAAUACUAUCUACUUAUUGAUCUGACUAUUUUUAUUGUCAAUCAAGUUUUUAGUAUCGAUUUUUAUCACAAUUAUUAUGAAAAAGUUUUACUAAUACAAAUUAUUAUCAACCAAUUGAGUGGUUGCAUGGUGUAUUAUUUUUUUAUGAUGAAUUAUGAUAUACUUCGUUAUGCACUUUGUUUAAUAUUGAAUCGGCCACUUAAAUUAAUGCCUGAACUAUUUCAACAGCCCUAUCUAGCAAAAUCACCUUCGGAUUUCUGGUCAAGAUGGCAUCAAAUAUACAAAGAUACUUGGAUUGAACUCAUCUUUAAACCAACAACAAGAUUUAUUAUUUAUUGUUGGCCGAAUACACCGAAGUUUAUUGUCAAUGGUAUUUCAUGUCUGUGCAUUUUCUUGUUCUCUGGUAUUGUGCAUGAAUAUUCUAUUUAUGUAACUUCUAAAAGCUUCACUGGCAGUCAAAUAACAUUUUUCCUUCUCCAAGGUUUAGCUGUUUGUAUUGAACACAUCCUUAAACGUCAAUUUCGUGGAGUGAAUAUCCCAAAAUCAGUCAGUUUUCUACUCACAUUUAUAUUUAAUGGUAUGACAGCACGUUAUUUUAUGCAACCAUGGAUACCGUAUUUUGUUCAAAAACAAGCAUUUAAAUAUUCACUAAUGAAUUUAAUUAUACGAACUUUAUCUGAUGAAUAUUAA